AUGAUUGAGCAACUUAGAAUUGUGUUUAAAGUUCAGGCUAAACAAGAGAGUGAGGGUCAAAUCUCCAAGAAGAAAACCAGUAAUGAUACCGGUCAGGGGAAAGGAAAAGCUACCAAGAAAGGUAAUGGAAAGGGAAAGGGUAAAGGGAAGCCUCCUGUUACCAAACCAACUUCCAAGCCCAAACCUGUUGCUAACUCUGAUUUCUUUCAUUGCAAUGAAAAAGGACACUGGAAACACAACUGUCCCAAGUACAUAGAGGAAGUUAAGAAAAAUAAGGCCAACCAGGGACUAAAGAAUGUUAGAGAACUUAGAGAUGGAGAUUUGGAACUCCAUAUGGGCAACAACGCUCGCGUAGUUGUCAAAGCCAUAUGA